UCUAUUGUAAAGUGUUGGUGUUGGCACUGCCACACAACAGAGAGAACAGAAGAGAACCGAGCAUGGUGAUGGCCAUGGCCAUUUCAUCUCCUUCUUACAACCUCACUUUCCUUCUUCCUCGCUCAGGCUCACUUCAACCUCUUUCUUUAACUCCGCCAUCUUGUUCUUUUUUUGCUCAACCUCUCCGAAACCUUUCACUCAAGUUCUGUGCAAAAAUUCAGAGCGUUGGAGUUGGAAGAGAAGGUCCAGCUUCCGAUCCCAAGGCCGGCGUCUCACUUUACAAACCUAAAUCCUACGAAGUUCUCGUUAGCGAUGCCGCCAAUUCCCUCUCUUAUGCUCUUCAAGACGGAAAACUUCGCCUCGAAAUCGAUUUCCCGCCUUUGCCCAGCAACAUUUCUUCUUAUAAGGGAUCUUCAGAUGAGUUCAUUGAUGCCAACAUUCAACUUGCCUUGGCUGUUGUACGAAAGCUCAAGGAAAAGAAGGAAACCAGAGCUUGCAUAGUAUUCCCUGAUAAACCAGAAAAGCGCCGGGCCUGUCAAUUGUUCAAAGCAGCUCUAGAUUCAAUUGAUGGCAUUACCAUAGGUUCCUUAGAUGAUGUCCCUACUGGACCUAUGACUUCAUUUUUCAGAUCUGUCAGGAACACCCUUGAUUUUGAUUUCGAAGAUGACAAUGAAGGUCGUUGGCAAUCUAGUGAACCUCCAUCACUCUACAUAUUCAUUAACUGCAGUACACGUGAACUUGCAUAUAUAGAGAAGUAUGUGGAAAAAUUUGCCACAUCAACACCAACACUUUUAUUUAAUCUUGAACUAGACACACUACGUGCUGAUUUAGGCCUCCCGGGCUUCCCAGCCAAAGAUUUGCACUACCGCUUUCUUUCUCAAUUCACUCCAGUGUUCUACAUCCGAAUCAGAGAGUAUUCAAAGACAGUUGCAAUAGCACCUUAUAUUGUCAAUUACAGUGGAGCUGUAUUCCGCCAGUACCCAGGUCCUUGGCAGGUGAUGCUUAAACAAGCAGAUGGUUCUUAUGCUUGCAUAGCAGAAAGUGCAAACCGCUUCAGCCUUGGCGAGGCCAAAGAGGAAUUGUUGAGGGUCUUGGGACUUCAAGAAGAAGAGGGAAGUUCCCUAGAAUUUCUUCGAAGAGGCUACAAGGCAAGCACGUGGUGGGAAGAAGAUUUUGAUUCAGAAGUAUCUUCUGCAUGGCGGAGUUGAGUAGUACACUGUUAGAAGAGACUGUUUUAUUGCAUCUGCAUGUAGUAGUCAUUGAAUGGGCUCCCGUAUAUUCAAGAAAGACAUUUCCUGCAGAACUGCCCAAUUUUUAUUUUUAUUUGUUAAUAUUUCUUAAGGUAAUAUUUUUCCAUUCUUCCCCUUUCUGUUUGAAAACGGAUGUCACGCAUGGCAAAGAAAUGUAAGGACAUCACGAACUCAAUUGUAAUUUGCAACAUGUCUAUUGUGGGCAUCUACCCGUCCAUGUCAAUAGUUAGUGUGUACAAUUGUUAGGGAUACCGCAUGCGCAUAUCCCUGUAGGGAGAGCGCCAUGCAACCCUAUUUUGUAAAAUCUUGUUACAUUCCUCGACUAUGCAAUCCGUAUUGUGUUUGAUUUUCA